AAGAAAGGAGCCGCCUAAAUGAAAAUAUGGUAUUCAUUUCAGCUUUGAUACGGGUUCACCAUAGCCUAGUGGUAAGGGCUUUGACACCCAGUCAAUAAGGUAUUAUAAGAUAUCACCGAGGAUGCUGGUUCAAUCCCAAAUAUCGGCAUAUAGGCAUCCUUCAGGAAGAUACCCUAACUCCAACCUGUGCCCCGAUCAAUUGUAGGCUAUCUGAAUUCACUUCAAGUUGCAUUUGAUAAUGCCUAACUAAAUAGGCUGGUAAGUUCAGUCAUAUCAGCUGGCCAAGCUGACAGCAGUGGUUCAACAUAGACGUAACCCUGUAGCAUUCACACAGCAUUAUAACUCACUAUAACCCAAAACAACCACCCAGCAUACAUUAAUAUCAUGUUAUAUAAUUUAUUAGUGUUUUUACCCCGAACAGAACCCCUAACACACCGGAUAUUAACCCACCGGAAGGCUCCGGCGGAGGACCCGAGCAGACCCACCGGAGAGGGGGGGAAAACGGAGGAAAAAAGGCCUUUUUGGGGGGUUUCUGGGGGCGGAUUUGGACAAAGUUUCCCCACCGUCCCGUCCGGAGGAGGCACCGGGGGCACCGGGGACUCGACUCUACCGACAUUAUGGACGAUUCCCAUUUCAACUCUGCAUACUUCUGGUCGCCCGUCCCAACUGUGCAAGGACAGAUCGAGAACGCCAUGUUCCUCAACAAGAUGAAGGAGCAGCUGGCCCCGGAGAAGGGGGGUCCGUCCCCCUCCUUCCCCCACGCCUCCUCCCACUACCCCACCAUGGAGGGGGGGCCGGGCGGGGGCAGGGUGGUCCUCAAGCAGGAGGGGGGAGGCGGGGGGGGGCACCACCACCAGCCCUCCCACAAUACCCAGAACCUGGGGGGGGGUCAGGGGACCGUCUCCGGCAUCAUGGCCGCAGAUAAGAAGCAUGACAUCGUCCCCAUCAUGCCGACCCCGGGGAAGCGGGGCAGGAAGAGGAAACAGGUGAUGGGCAGACUGGCGGGCGUGGGCGGAGUCCUCCCAGCAGGAAGUGAUGCGUUGAUACUGGCUCACCUGGCGGCCGGCGGACAGCACCACACCGCUGACCCCUACGACCUUUCCAACGACGAGGACGACCACGUCAACAAAGAUGGCCCCAAGUCCUACAGGUGCCGGAUGUGUGCGCUGACGUUCUUCAGCAAGUCGGACAUGCAGAUCCACGCCAAGUCGCACACGGAGGCCAAGCCCCACAAGUGCCCCCACUGCUCCAAGUCCUUCGCCAACUCCAGCUACCUGUCCCAGCACAUCCGCAUCCACAGCGGGGCCAAGCCCUACAGCUGCUCCUACUGCCAGAAGGCCUUCAGGCAGCUCAGCCACCUGCAGCAGCACACACGCAACCACACGGAGGUAAAGCCCCACAAGUGCCCCCACUGCUCCAAGUCUUUCUCCAACUCCGGCUACCUGUCCCAGCACAUCCGCAUCCACAGCGGGGCCAAGCCCUACAGCUGCUCCUACUGCCAGAAGGCCUUCAGGCAGCUCAGCCACCUCCAGCAGCACACACGAAUCCACACAGGUGACCGGCCGUAUAAGUGUGUCCAUCCUGGCUGUGAGAAGGCAUUUACCCAGCUCUCUAACCUACAGUCCCACCGCCGGCAGCACAACAAGGACAAGCCCUACAAGUGCCACAACUGUAACCGUGGUUACACGGACGCCGCCAGCCUGGAGGUGCACCUGUCCACGCACACUGUCAAACACGCCAAGCUGUACUCCUGCGGCCUCUGCAACCGUUCCUACACCUCCGAGACCUACCUGAUGAAGCACAUGAGGAAGCACAACCCCGACCCCCUGGCGGCCGGGGGAGGGGGGGUCGCCGGGGGCAACCAGCCCCACGCCCCGCCCUCCGGCGGCGGGGGGCGCGGCCGGGGGCGUGGCCGCGGCAGAGGGGGCGGGGGCGGGGGCAGGGGCGUGUCGCUGCAGAACCAGAACCAGAACCAGAGUCCCGGGGUGAGCUUCCCGCCCCAGCAGCCCGGGGGGGCGGUGCAGUGCCCCUUCGACCUCCACCAGUACAAGACGCUGUCGUCCGGCGAGCUCCAAUACAAGCCGGUGGGCGUGGCCGACCUGUCGGUGGGCCACAAGGACCUGUGCCUCACCGUGUCCACCUCCGCCAUCCAGGUGGAGCACAUGAACUCCUAGGAGCCCCCCCCCAACACUCCACAUCCCCCCCGUUCCCACGGUAACGCCACGCCGACGAAGUGUCCCUCCUCCUCUUGGCGGGCCGGGUUCAUGCCUCCGCAUGCCCGGUCCGCCCCGCCUCCAGUCUGAACCGGACCCGGCCGGACUCCAAGGGGACACCCUCCAGACGCCGGCCCCCACAAAAUGGCUACCCUAGUUGACAUUUCAAAGCGGACCUGUUCCAUCGGUAAUCAGUGUAACGAAGGGUCAGAUAUCUACCUGUUGUGGACCGGUGUCUCCCCGGGUCUCGAAGGUCAGAUGUCUCCCUGAGGUGCGUUCAAAGUCGCCAACAUGGGCGAACGCUCGCGAACGAUUUGAAACGUGUUCUGUUAAGCUUGCCGAUGUCUUCAAACGUUCGCGAACAUAGGCAAACUGUCAGAACGCAAGCAGACAUGGAUCACGGACUGCAAGAGAUGUGCUCCCAGAUGAAGAUUAACAUUAAUUCCUUUCCUACACAUAAAGCAAAAGAUAAGUUGUUUAAUGUAGCCUGUCUACACCCUUACUUCAACUGAUGUCUUGUGCAUCCUCCAAUGUGAUCUGAACGUGACUUUGCAGUAAGCGUGCACGAAUUCGGUGACGUAGCCCUCUAUUCUUGAAUCAUCCGAAUACCUUGUCUGGAGUAGCCUAUACCUUCCACGAGAUCGACAACUUCUAGACCUUCUUCUGUAAACUCGUCAAUUAUCAUGGAGGCUGCAGCUAAUACAAUUGCCUUUCUUGUCGCCAUUUGUUUGUUUACAGUUUGUUUAGUUUCAAACAAACGUUUAGAACGUUGUCUAAAAAUCGUUCAAAUUGUAUCGUUUAAAGUCAACGCGCUCGCUGCGAACGUUCGGCUAUGUUCGCCGAUUCUGAACGCACCUCUGUUGUGGACGUGUGUUUCCCCGGGUCUCAAAGUCAUCCCAUAGUUGUCGAUUGGGUUCAAUCAAACCACACAAAAUGGCGGACAUCGUUCCAUUUGCGGUUGGCCAACAGUUUCCCCCCCACCCCCCCCCCCAACCAGGACGGACAUAAAGGCUCACAUUCUGUAGGACCCCAAACUUGACCAAAUAUCCCCAUGGAGACGCAUGUAGCACCCCCUCACCCUCCACCCCCCCCUAAACACAGCGCAGGCUCUGACCGAGGUGUUGGACCGAGGUGUUGGCCCCUCCCCUCCAAACAGAUCCCGCCGGAUCGUCGCGGGGACCGUGUGUUUCCGCGUCGGUCGGUCGGGGCCCGGGCAUUAGGACCAAGGGU